AGUAUUCCAGAGCUCGGACAAUGCCACAAAAAAAUCACGAGUGGAGUCUGAGACGGUGAGGUCUGAAAAAUUUCUAUUCAUUUGAAUACGGCGACGAGCUAUAAAGUAAUGCGAAUUUAAGUAUCUGACCUAAAAGGUACGUGAGUUAAUCUGCGAAGUUGGAGGCAUCGUUCAUCGCGUUGGUAUUGCGAAUAGCUAGCUCGGACCUCGCAGCCGGCUGCGUGCCACUCCCACUCCGCUUCACCCUCGUGUCAAUUGUUUGUUCGUGCGUUGUUCAAUUGUACCGAAGGAGAUAUCACGUGUAUCGUAACGACGUGUGAUUAGGUGAUUAGUGGAAAAGGCGUAGAUUUGUCCCUCGUUCGACUCGGAGUACAUUUAGCGGAGUAGUCUGUUCCAAACUGCAUUCGACACGACUUCGCUGUCAGCCCCUCACGGUGGAACUGCGUUCGCGUGAAUAAGUCGAUAAAAAAACAUUAGAUCGAUUCUAGCAAGAAUCAGACGCCUCACCGAAUGCGAGUGUGAUUAGCGACGGUGUCUUACAUCGAGCCGUCCGGUGCGCUCGUUCGAUUUUUGAGAUAUCGUCAGCACCAUGGAAACGUGGGUGAUACUCCUGACGAUACUGGUGGGUGCGGCGAUCUACUGGUUUUCCACUCGCAAUUUCAACUUCUUCAAAAAUCUCGGUAUACCGUACGUGAAGCCAUGGCCGAUCUUUGGAAACAUGGGAAAAAUGUUCUUCAGGAUCGAAGCGAUGCCCUACAUGAUUCAGGAGGUCUACAAAAGCCACCCGGACGCAAAAUACAUCGGAUUCUUCGACUUUUCAACUCCGAUCAUAAUGAUAAGGGAUCCCGAACUGAUAAAGCAAAUCGCGAUAAAGGAUUUCGACAGUUUUCCCAAUCACAGGAUGUUCAUCACCUCGCCGAACGAGCCACUCUUCGAGAAAAAUCUCUUCGCUCUGAAAGACGACGAAUGGAGGGAGAUGCGGGCGCUUUUGAGUCCAGCCUUUACUUCCAGCAAAAUGAAAAUGAUGUUCGAAGUUGUGUCGCGAUGCGCGAUCGACUUCACCGACUACUUGGCGGCACAGGAUCCUCAGCCCGAAGAGCUCAACAUGAAGGAAACCUUCUCCAGAUACACCCUGGACGUGAUCGCGACCACGGCGUUCGGACUGUCCACGAACUCCAUGAGAGACCGCGAUAACGAAUUCUACAAAAUAGGAAAAGAGGUCUCCAAUUUCACCGGUUUGAAAUUGCUCAAGUUCUUCGUCAUGCGAAGCUUUCCCUGGCUAGCGAAGCUCGUCAACGUCAAAAUCCUUGACGGCAAAUCGUCCGAUUACUUCACGAAUGUGAUAAAAAGUACGAUAGAAACGAGAGAAAGAGAAGGAAUCGUAAGACCGGAUAUGAUUCACUUGAUGAUGCAGGGAAGAGACAGGAAGGGUAAGUCCGCCCUGUCCUUGGAAAGUAUGACCGCUCAAGCCUUCAUAUUUCUUCUUGGCGGACUCGAGAGUCCGGCAGUGACGAUGUCCUUCGUUUCCCAACAUCUGGCGCUGAACUCUAACGUUCAGAAGAAGCUCCAAGCCGAAAUCGAUGAGAUGAUGAAGAAAAGUCGAGGGAAAGUCUCCUACGAAGAGAUUAACGCGAUGAAGUACCUGGACGCCGUCGUUAACGAAACCUUGAGGAUGUACACACCUGGUGUAAUGUUGGACAGGAUCGGUUCCAGAGGAUUCACCCUUCCCCCCGCGUUGCCGGGACUCGAUCCGCUGCACAUGAAACCCUUCCAAAACGUUUGGAUUCCGGUGCACUCUCUGCAUCACGACGAGAAGUAUUAUUCGAACCCGGAUCAAUUCGAUCCCGAAAGAUUCAAUGACGAGAACAAGGACAAAAUCGACCCCUUGACUUACCUUCCCUUUGGAAUCGGUCCCAGAAUUUGUAUCGCGAAUCGAUUCGCCCUGAUGGUGGUGAAACUCGCAUUGUUCUACUUAUUGGCAAAAUGCGACGUCUUACCCUGCUCCAAAACCAAACCGAAAAUCCGAAUUUGCGCCAAGAGUGCCAGUCUAACUCCCGAAGGCGGCUUCUGGUUGAAACUUCGGACAAGAAAAUAAUGUUUCAUUGCGCGUGUAUACUCGCUCUAUAACAAUAUUGAAUAUCGAUCGUCGGUAUUCCAGACCAUUUUUCUCGAUGUCAUCUUUCGCUGGCCCAUUCGAACGUGCAACCGGAGAUGAAUAAAAAAAAAAUGUAAAUUUCAAA